UAGAAGUCUUGCAUUUGAUAACGAGUAGCACGGCAGGUCAUUUUCACCCGCAAGUAUUCAUUAACUACGCCGAUGACAUGUUUACCUAAGUGUUAUUGAACACCUUGGGUAAGAAGUAGAUGAAUACAUCAGAAGACAAGAUGGCAAGUCUUCUUGAAGUUGGUCUAAAUCAGCUGUUUUAACAUUUUUUUUAAAAGCGCUUGAUGACCAGUCCCUGAGAAAAACAUGGCCAACAUCACGAACGCCUCGUUAACAACGGUUUCUUCGGAUUUCCGUCCUCUUGGGAAGGACUUUUGCGUGUUGAUUUUGCCUGAUCCAGAAUUCGACAAAGCAGCAGAACGCUUCACUACUAAUCUUGUAACAGGUGUUAUAAAUGCAGUGUUGUCGCCGUUCGGUGUAGCGGCAAACUUUCUCAUCAUCCUGGUUAUCAGCAGAAAGAUAUCUCUUUGGACACCCUUGAAUGUGUUGCUAGGAUGUUUAGCUGCUUCCGACUUUCUCGUUGGUUUGCUUGUUCAGCCAAGUUACGUUGCCUUCAGAUUAAUAGAGAACCAGCACAAGUUUGUCCCAUGCGCUUUACGGUUGUUCUACUCCACCGGGUUUUUCGUGUGCUAUGGCGUUUCUCUUGUUAUUUUAUGUGUCAUUAGCUGGGAAAGACUCCUUGCACUGCUAUUUCCGCUAAAGUACUCGCAUCUAAUACGUUUGUCAAGAAUCUUUAAGCUUAUAAUUCUCAUUUGGUUGGCGAACAUCUUACUGACACUUCUGCAGUGGGCCCAUACCGAGGUGGCCAGAGGCAUUCACCUUGGCUCAUGGUUGCUUUUAUUAAUAGCUGCGGUUGUAAGCCAGUUGAGAAUCCUCCCAAUCAUUCGCUACCAUCAGCAGCAAAUCAAGAGACUUCAAUCAUCUUAUCCUCAAAUUUAUCUUCCGAAUCACACUCACAUGCAAGUAAAGUUUGCAGCAAACAUCGCAUGCAUUGUUACAGUUUAUUUGGCAUUCAAUCUUCCAGUCCUUCUCAUCACUACCGUCCAUCAAAUUGUUCAAAUUGAUAUAAAUACCUACGAUUUGUACAGUUGGGCCGAGACAGCUGCGUUUUUUAACUCCUCUGUUAACCCAGUAAUAUGCCUUUGGAGAGUGAAGCUAAUUCGCAAGGGGAUCAGGGAACUUUGCACCUGUCGAAAGGAGAGAAAAAUUCCCAGAUAUUUGUCCAACACUACAUUAUCAGACAAAGACGUUUCUCUAGUAAGAUUCAGACGUUGCCAAGAACCAUCGAUAGUCAUAAUCGUCUCGAAUAACGAUUUGUCCGAUAAUGGAGACGAAAAGGUCCCUAAAUAAUCAUCUUCAAGUUUUUUUAUAGACACUACAUCCCAAAUUACAGACAUGACAAAGACUUUGGCUCUGUUUUUGGGUCCGAAUUCAUCUAGAAACUUACCAAUGCAUGGUAGCCAUAAAAUUAUGCAUUGAUUUCCGAUAAAUUUCCCAACAAAGCAUCUAGCAUAAAGGAGCCAAAUGUAGUCCAUUAUUUAGCAAAAGGAUCGAAAUAUUUGCAUAAGAUAAAUUCGAAAAAGAAAAUUGAAAGCUGUUAAAUUAUUCAUGGAAAAUGAGAUAAAUGGCUCUGAUUGACCAUAUCAUAUCCUCUGAAAAUGUUUCUCUCAUGUUCCGUAUUACGUCGGCGAAGGAAAACUUUCUAUGGCCAGAUUUUUGCUCCGUUGUCUCUAGAGACCUGCGAAUCGUGUUCAAAUAUGGAACAUUUUGAGAUCUUGACUCACUCAGUUCAACAAAAACCUAGAGAUAAAAUUCAAAUAAAAUUUAUUCCUAAAUACAAUUCCAUAAACAAAUACACCGGUCAGUGUAAGUAAACAUAUUAAUCUAAACAAGUAGAGUUGUUUGUUUUAAAAGAAUGUCCUUUGUACAUAAACGGUUAACACUUUGCAAUAUUUACCAUUUUAGAGGUUCCUUUUUGAACUUUUUUCUUUUUUGUAUGAAUAAAAACAAUUCAAGAUGUC